CUCGAACCAUCCACACACCAUUCACACCGGAGCCCCUCCUUCACUGUAGUCACCAUGCAAGUUGAAUCGAGUUUCUUGAAAUACGCUGGGCGUGUACCGCCGCUCGACCUCUCACAGGUCAGCGCCAAUUGUCGCAAUGAAAACGAGCUGCAGCAUCUGUGGAGUAGCAAAGCCAACUCACCGUCAGUACUGAAACGCGCCGCCGCGCUAGCUCAUCCAUACUUGCAAUCACCACAUACACCCGCGCACAGUCCCAGUAGCAACAAUAAUGGCAACAACACCAGCACUAACAAUAAUCAUUUCAACACAAUCCUACCACAACACACCUCACUGCAACAGCUGGGCUCUGAUGGUUUGCCAUUGGAUCCCCGUGAUUGGACACGUGCAGACGUCUGGAAAUGGCUAAUCAAUAUGGCCGUGUCGGAAGGUCUGGAAGUGACGCCCGAACUGCCGCAGAAAUUCCCCAUGAACGGCAAGGCGCUGUGCCUGAUGAGCCUCGAUAUGUAUCUGUGUCGUGUACCGGUCGGCGGUAAAAUGCUUUAUCGUGAUUUUCGAGUGCGAUUAGCGCGUGCCAUGGCGUUGCUAUCCUAGACCAUAGAUUUAUACGUACAUACCAACACAUAUAAAUAUGUAGACAUAAGUAGAUAGUUAACUUUUUUUGUAAAUAGCAAAUGACUAAAUAUAGUAAAUAGUGGAGUUAAUGAAUCAGAGCAACUGCGCUGGCAA